AUGUCGACCAGCAUUUCCCAGCAGAAGGCAAUUGUGGAGGGAUUGAGGAUGGAGUGUAGAAUUGAGAGGCAGCCCCUAUCCAAGACAUUGAGGGAGAUGAUUCAAUACACUGAACAGCACAAAGCCAAUGAUGCUCUGAUGUGUGGGAUAGAUAAAAAAUUAAAUCCCUUCAUAGAAAAGAGUAGUUGCGUACUAAUCUAA